CUAGAAGGUAAGCUCUGAUUUACUAGUUUUGUCUUUUCUAAAAGAGUUACAUGGAAUGUAAAAAAUAGACCUCCCAAGAAUUGAGAUCUCUGCUCUCCUGAAUUAGCUAGAGUCAGAGCUAACAUUUAUGGAAAGGAAGGCGAUGUAGGAGCAGCUGGGAGAGAGAGUGGACAUGCUGAAGGAGCUCCAGCUCUCCCUGUCUGUCAUCCUGCUGCUCGCCUGUGGCUUCCUCUACCAGCUCACCCUGAAGUCCGGCUGCCUCUUCUCCUGCCUGCCUCCCUUCAAGUCCCAGCAGGGGCUGGACGCCCUCCUGAGCCAUGGACGCAGCAUUGUGUUUCUAGAGACCUCGGAGAGAAUGGAGCCACCCCCAAUGGUCUCCUGUGCUGUGGAGUCUGCUGCCAGGAUUUAUCCUAAGCGGCCUGUGGUGUUCUUUAUGAAGGGUCUCAACUACUCCACACAGCUGCCCUCAAACUCCACACACCCAGCUUUUUCCCUCCUCUCAGCAAUAGACAACGUUUUCCUUUUCCCCUUGGAUAUGAAAAGGCUGUUUGAAGACACACCAUUAUUUUCAUGGUACACUCAAAUCAACGCCAGCGCAGAGGGAAACUGGCUGCACGUCAGCUCGGACGCCUCCCGCCUGGCCAUCAUCUGGAAACAUGGUGGCAUCUACAUGGACACCGAUGUCAUCUCCAUCAGGCCCAUCCCCGAAGAGAACUUUUUGGCUGCUCAAGCCUCUCAGUUCUCUAGUAAUGGGGUGUUCGGGUUCCUCCCCCACCACCCCUUUUUGUGGGAGUGCAUGGAAAACUUUAUUGAACACUACAAUUCACACAUUUGGGGCAACCAAGGCCCCAAUUUGAUGACGAGGAUGUUGAGGGUGUGGUGCAAACUCGGAGACUUCCAGGAGCUGAAUGACCUCAGGUGUCUGAACUUGUCCUUCCUACACCCCCAGAGAUUUUAUCCCAUCUCCUAUCCAGAGUGGAGGCGCUACUACGAAGUCUGGGAUACAGACCCGAGCUUCAAUGACUCUUAUGCCCUGCAUUUGUGGAACUACAUGAACCAGGAGGGGAAGACUGUGGUUAGAGGAAGCAACACACUGCUGGAAAAUCUCUACCGCAAGCACUGUCCCAGGACUUAUAGGGUGCUGAUUCAAGGCCCAGAGGAGUCAGUGACUGAGGAGCUGGGUCUAGGUAGCAAAUAGAGCCAAUGCUGGCUUGCUGAUGCUACAGCAUGGAACUGG